AUGACGCCGGGUUUUAAAGACAGAAAAAUUCUGGGACAGAGCAACAAUAAUGUGCUUCCAUUGUUGCCGAGGACGACGGUGUGUUUGGAAUUUAAAAACAUAACUUGCACUGUAAAUUCCUUCUCAAUCAACAUGUGCCGCUUUGAACAGAAACGUAUUUUAAAAGGAGUCAAUGGGUGCCUAAAACCUGGUGAAUUGACAGCAAUCAUGGGACCCUCUGGGGCUGGCAAAACAACAUUGUUGAAUAUCCUCGCCGGUUACUCUACAAAAGGUGCGAAAGGCGAAAUAUCGGUCAACGGAGUUAGUUCCUGUGCUUCAAAAUCAACGGGCCGUGGCAGUGCUCGUUACAUUCGACAGAACGACGAUCUCCGAGUACAUCUUACCGUCUACGAAUGCAUGUCACUCGCUGCCGCUCUCAAACUGGCCGACUUCGCUUCACAUGAACGCAAAGAGAAAGUAUACGAAGUUCUUGCUCUCCUCGGCCUAAGUGGAACGACACAGACUCUGUGUAGAGAUUUAUCUGGAGGUCAGAAAAGACGGCUUGCAGUCGCACUUGAAUUGUUAUCGGACCCUUCUUUAUUGUUCCUUGAUGAACCGACCACCGGUCUAGAUUCGUCUGCGUCGGCAUCUCUUAUCGCGUUACUAAGCGGUCUGGCAAGAGGUGGUAGAACAUUAGUGGCCACCAUCCACCAGCCUUCAGCGUUGCUAUUCGAGAACAUCGAUACUGUGUACUGUCUCGCUGCUGGUAAUAAUCUAUACUCCGGACCACGUGAACAUCUUCUGCCUGCACUCGCUUCCGCUGGAUUAAGAUGUCCACCAUAUCACAACCCAGCCGAUUUCUUAAUGGAGGUAGCGUCGGGAGAAUACAAUAUUGAUUUAAAACAAGCUGCAAAAACUAUGCUUCAAUACAAACCAGAAUCCACAUCAUCGACGGAGUUUGAUGACAAUGUACCAGUACUUUCCACGUUCUCAAAUACUCUUAGCAUUGACACAGAAAUGAAAGAUAAACAACUACGAAGCAAUAAGAAGCAUCAAAAGAAUUUAGCGAAACAUAUUUAUAGACCUUCGAGUAGUUGGCAACAGACUUGGAUAUUACUUUAUAGGAAUUACCUUAUAACAACCAGGAACUAUUCUCUCUUCAUGUACAGAGUGGCAGCACAUGUAGUUAUAGCACUAAUAUUUGGUUAUCUUUACCUCGGUGUCGGAAGUGAGGCGAGUAGCGUGCUCGGUAACUACGUCUAUCUAUAUGGAUCUAUGCUACUAGUUGUGUAUACCGGCAAGAUGUCUGUCACAUUGUCUUUUCCACUUGAAAUGGAUAUACUUAAAGGCGAAUACUUCAAUCGAUGGUACAACUUGGGACCUUAUAUAUUUUCAGUUUUAGCCGUAGAACUGCCUUUUCAGAUGUUAUCUUGUGUAUCAUACGUGGUGCUUUCCUACUGGCUGACUGAUAAUCCUCUUGAACCUCAGCGAGCUACUUUGUUUCUUGCGACGGUCGUAGCGACGUCACUAUGUGCGCAGGCCUGGGGUUACUUUAUAGGUUCAACCACACCGACAAAGAUCGCGGUAUUCAUCGGUCCAGUGCUGGCCUGUCUUUUCUCCGUGUUUGGAUUCUGUCUCUCUCUUCGGGACACUCCUUACUCCUUUAGAUGGCUUCAUCACAUAUCAUAUUUUAGAGCAGGCUUUCAUGUCGCCGUCCAUUCUGUUUAUGGAUUUAAUAGAACCAAAAUGCAUUGUUCCAAAGAAUAUUGCCAUUACAUAACACCAAACAAAUUCCUCGUAGAAAUGGAUAUGGCCAACAUAGACGUGGGCAUCAAUAUGGCUAUAGUGCUAGCUACCACAGUUCUAAUGCAUGUUCUAACUUGCACUAUCCUGUGGUAUAGACUUAACAAGAGAUGA